AUGAAAUGCGACGGCACUCGGCCCAUAUGUGGGCAGUGCAUAUGCACGGACAGGGAAGGGGACUGCGAAUAUACGGAUGGGCCUAUGCGUAGCCCGACUCAGCUGCUUGAGGACAAGAUUGCUCAAUUAGAGUCACAAAUCUACGAUUUAGAGCACCCCGAAGAAACGGCACCAUCGGUCCUACUCCAUCAACCACGCAUAUCAUUUUCAGAACCUGGAUCGACAGGCACAGAUUCGUCCCCUGCAUCUUUAGCCGAAUAUCAUACCGGAGAUUUCGACUUCUCGAUAGGACAUCCCUCAUCAUCCUCUGGUGCAUCUUCGUUAUCCUCCACAAGUCCCUUUGAACGCCCAGCCAAAUUAUCACAGAUGCUGCUUGAACGUUUUCUCUCCAUCUCAUCUGAGGUCGGAUUCUUCUUACGUCGCACACGCUUCCCAACAAGACAUCCCACCCUGGCACUGCUUUCGCCCGUUCUCGCCGACUGUGUCUGCAUAUGGGGCGCCCGCUGCUCAACGGACGUGUCACUUCAGUCUCAUGAGUCGAUACUCUUGUCACGCGCUGUGCAAUCAAUAUCUUCGGCAAUCGUUGAAGAGCCUCGUCACAAUCUCAUCGACCUCAUUCAAGCCGAAGUCCUCUUAGCAGUAUACUUUUACUCAUCAAAUCGCUUUUUAGAGGGCCGGUAUCAUUGCAACGCGGCUAUCACGCUUACGCUUUGCCAUCGCUUGAACGAUAUAAGCGCGGCUCAGCCACAACUUGGCCGUGAUUUGCUCCUACCGAAUGAUGUCUUCACAAGCGAGGAGUGGAAUGAUGCCUUCUGGGUUGUCUUCACCUUGGACAAAGUGUGGGGAGCAGUUGCUGGUUUAGAAUCGCAUUUGAACGGUGCUCAACCCAGUCAAGUCGGCAUCCCGUGGCCCUUGGAAAUCACCAAUUAUAGCACGAGCGGUGUCACGUCUGCCUGCUGGGGCGUAAGGGCCGCGAAAGUCUUGUCCAUCGGCAAAGGGAUGAACACGUCUGCUGACGCCGUCUUCAUCCUUCACGCUAAAGCAGCCGCACUGUUUGAGCGAGUAUCACGUCUUGCGUCUCAGUGGAAAGCUAGUCUGGGUAGCACUCCUUUGACCAUAGUAUCUGCGCUGAUAUAUCGCUUGACAUUCCCAGAUCCGUCCUGCGCGGAGCAGCUGACCACCGAACUCCUCCUGCUCGGCAACGUCAUCGAUAUUUUUAAGACCUCGUUGGCAUCUUUCCGGUUGCAUCAAGAAAUCGACGUUUCCCGCAAGCUCUUAGUAAUCUACACGCUCGCUCACAGCGCCACAAUCAAGACACAGGAGAUUUUGAAGCAGGUUGCAGGGACAGACAAUGGUAGAGCUCUAAUAGCUGCACAGGCAGUCGCCAGAGAAAUCGAAAACGCGCCCAUCGCUAAGAUGAUGUACAUAGAUCCAAUAUGUGCGAUUUUAUGGUCCAAUGCUUGCCGCGUAUUGUUUAUGGAGAUGGACAAGAUACGUCUGACGCGGAGUCCCAUCUUGUCAUCCGCGGACCAAGCUGCCGUCGAACAUGAGUUGGACCGCAUGGGGUAUUCUAGGCUACGCGAUGCUGUCAGGAAGGUCCUUGCGGCGAUAAACGUCUUCGCCGUCAUGUCCCCGUUAAUGGGGUCCUUAGCCGCACAAGCUGCGCAGGUUCAGCGGGAGGUGGAGAGCGCUAACACGGCGCUGGGCAUGUCAUGA